AUGCCGGCGUCGACGACAUCCUCCGACACCAAGGAAUCAAAUACACGUGAAUCUUCUAGCACAGAUCCAACAACGGAAUCCGGACAGGGCAGUUCUGUUCCGGAUAGUUUGGACCAUAUUCAAUGGGACUUACCUCCAGCAACUCAUCCCAAUGGCCCCGAGCCUUGGAUGCAAUCAGACCCAUUGACUCAAACGGAUCGAUCAGAGGAUGACAUGCAAUUUCCUUACGAUCCUCAGGAGGAUUAUUUCCCGCCAGAAUGUGGCGGACACAGCAGCAUCGAGGACCGUGUACAUGGCACUGAGCUCAACGGCCAUGGACUGGUGUAUCUUGGAGACUUGACAGAAGAGAGGUUACGUGAACACGAUGAUACAGAAGGUUUCACUCCGAUGCUUAGUUACUCUCUCAGCAACAUGGUGACUGAGGGACAAGAGUAAGAAGAGGAACCGGAUGAAAGGCUCGAAUUGCUCGAAGACUGUUCGAGAGACCUCUGACUUGGAUAAGAGCGGAGAGGGACAAUAUCUACUAUUAAAUGAUGCUUUGAGGAGUUGUAUUGUGUUUCAGUUGCAUCGGGAGAAGCGGUGUAUCUACAAGUGUAUAAUAGUAAUAGCAUGAACUAGA